CUGGCUUAGCAUCGAAAUCCCCCUCAGAGGUGAUCAGAAAAUACGCGCAAAGUGACAGUUUUUGGCACACAGGACUUUUCUUUCAAUCGACACCAAGGAGAAGGAGGAUAAAGAUGGGCGUCAAAUUCCUCUGGGAUUCGUUUUAAAGGAGGAGACAUCGGUUAAUUGAUCCAAAUGACUCACUUCACACUACUUAAGCCCAACUUGUUUAAAGGAGGACUGACCCAUUUCCUCCCCUCGGAAGCUGCUGUAAUCACAUUCUGCUCCAAGUUUUUCUCGCACACUUUCAGCAGCCUAUGAAAAAGGAAUAAUGCGCCUUACGCGCAGUUGAUGCCUCUCCGAGAAGCCACCCCUAUCCUCGUAUAUGCCAGUCUGUCUGACUUCUUUACAACCUACAUUAUAUUGCCAGACUCCGACCGCAGACCAAGAGAAGAGGAGGAGGAAGACUCCUAAUGGAAAGCCAUGCAGCGCGUUGAACCCAUGGAGACAUGGCACAUAGGUUCCUCUCAUCUACGAACAGAUUCAGCGCCAGAUUCGCCUUCAUAUUCACCGUGUCACUGUCCUGCACCUAUUUGUGCUAUAGUUUCAUGUUCUGUCGCAGCACAAUCAUGACAAACCAGGGUUUGUCAGAGGGGAAAAGAUGCCCACCGCCGAGCAAGAACGCAGGAGGGAAGAAACUUCUUGGGAAAUUGGAGAAUUGCGCGUCUCUGGAAGUCAGAUCACAUCUGGAUGAGUCUGUUGUCCGGCAAGGAUCGAGUGAUAUACGCGACCAAAGUAUGUCUGGAAGCCACUGGGCUGACAUGAAGUUGAGAAACAUGAGUGUGGCGCAAAAGUAUGGGAAUAAGAAGCUGCCGAACGCGUUAAUAGUCGGCGUAAAGAAAGGAGGCACCAGGGCGGUGCUGGAGUUCAUCCGGAUACAUCCAGAUGUGCGCGCACUUGGAACAGAGCCGCACUUUUUCGACAGAAACUAUGACAGAGGGCUCGACUGGUACAGGGGACUAAUGCCACGAACGCUAGACAGCCAGAUCACAUUAGAGAAGACACCCAGCUACUUUGUCACCAGAGAGGCACCCAGACGCAUCGCCAGCAUGUCCCAUGAGACCAAGCUGAUCGUUGUGGUGCGUAACCCGGUCACGAGAGCCAUCUCCGACUACACACAGACUCUUUCCAAGAAGCCCGACAUCCCUACGUUUGAUGAGCUGGCCUUUAAGAACAGAAGCCUGGGCCUCGUCGACACUUCCUGGAAUGCCAUUCGGAUCGGGAUGUACAUCCUGCACCUGGAGAACUGGCUGCAGUACUUCCGCCUGUCGCAAAUGCACUUUGUGAGCGGGGAGCGGCUGAUCACGGACCCGGCGGGGGAAAUGGGCCGCGUUCAGGACUUUUUAGGACUGAAGCGAAUAAUCACGGACAAGCACUUCUACUUUAAUCGAACCAAAGGCUUCCCCUGUCUGAAGAAGCCGGAGAGCAGCAGCCAGCCACGCUGCCUCGGCAAAUCCAAGGGCAGGACUCACGUACAGAUCGAACAGGAGGUCAUAGAUCAGCUGCAGGAGUUUUAUAGGCCAUUUAAUAUCAAAUUCUUUGAAACUGUGGGGCAAGACUUCAAGUGGGAAUGAGAGGGCCAUACAGAAACAGUGCUGUUGUUAAAGUGGCUACCUCUGGAGAGAAAUAUAAAUAAGGGUCUCUUCAACAAAAUGUUAAAUGACAAGUUUAUUGAGCUAUGUAUACAUUGACAAAAUCAAUAUAGAAGAAUAUAAAACUCUUUAAAAUAUAAUCAUAUAAAUGGUUUCACAUAGUACUGGGUUUUGGGUCAUUCUUAUAACAAAGUGCCAUUUCUUUAAAAGAAUAUAUACAAAAAAACAAGUUUCUUUACCACACACAUGACAUAUGAAGCCAACCAGCAUUAAUUCAUUAACCAAGUCAUUAACCAGCAACCAUCACAACGCCACACCACACCUACAUUAACGACACUGCUUAAAUAUUCAUUCCGCUCAAAAUGAACCACCGGCGUUACUGUUAAAAUGAGCUCUCAACAUUUGAUGCAAAAUGUCAAAUGAAUAAUGAAAUCAGCCAAUUAUUCUGCAGAGAAGAGUAUCUCCUUAUUGUUGACAAAAGCUCAUAGGCAACAGCGACAGCUUUACUGAAUACAUGUACUGUAAAAAAUGACAGCUAUAUUAAAACAGAUGCUAUAACACUGAUACCAUUUGUUGAACUUCAGCUCUUUCUGUGUCAGUAUUUUUGUUGUGAUCAUCGAAAUAAAAGGCAAAAGACUUAAAUUCA